GCAUGAGAACAUUAGUCCUGGCAAUUCUGUGUCUAACUAUAGCACAAUCGCUAGCCAAAGAAACACAGAAAGAAACCCAAGGUCAAUCAAAGAGCAAUGACAAGCCAGAACACACUACAGAAAAGCCAGAACACACUACAGAAAAGCCAGAACACACUACAGAAUCGGAUUCAAGUGACAAACGACCAGAUUCCGACAGCGACCGAUCAGAAGCCAAAGAGCAACAAAAACCUUCCGAGAAAAAACAGUCGGAUUCCAACGAUGACCGAAAUUCUUCCGACGAUGAUCGAAAUUCGUCCGACGAUAACCGAAGUUCUUCCGACGAUGACCAAGGUGCUUCCGAAGAUAAGCAACCAAAGUCAGACAACAAGAAAUCAAACUCGGAUAAGGAAUCGGAAACCGACGAUGACCGAGCUAAAUCCGAAAGCGACCGAUCCGAAGGUGAACAACACGAUAGCGAACAUGAUGAUGGGAAAGAGGCUGAAAAUAGCAAUGAGAAAUCAGAUAAUGGCAAAGACCUAACUCAAAGACGACACGAUGGAAUUAUCAAAAAGAAAGAAAAUGCCGCUGUACUUCAAAAUUUGAAAAAAAUUGUUCAAGUUAUGAAAGGCAAAAAAUUGAAAAGAAAACAUAAGAAACGAAAGCACAGAAAAUAUUACACUUACAGAAUGCAUAUGGCGAGCAUAAAAGGUAAGAUAAUUAAUUUAGUAUACACUAAGGGACCGCUCAUUAUAUAUGGGGGAGGGGGGAGGGGGGGGGGUUACCCAACCUCAAAUAUCAAUGGACCUUUCCCCUUAUAACUAAAAUUUCGAUCUAGACAAAAAUUUCAUCACAGCUUGAAAGAGCAUCACAAAAUUAGUAAUAUUCCAAAGUUUUGUUUCAAAAUCUUGUAAAAUGCGGAUAAUAUAGCCUUGCGAAGUUUGCCGUUUUUCAGUCAUUUUGUAUUACAAACGGGAAAUUGACAUCCGAUUCGGGUGUUGGGGCUGCAAUUUCCAUUUGUAAUGCAAAAUGACUGAAAAUUGCAAACUUCGCAAGGCUCUAUUUUCCUCAUUUUACAACAUUUCGCAACGAAACUUUGGAAUAUUACUAAUUUUGUGACGCUCUUUCAAGCUGUGAUGAAAUAUUUGUCUAGACUUGCCUAGAUCAAAAUUUUGGUUAUAAGGGGAAAGGUCUAUUCAAAUGAAUAAAUACUCGUCCCUGGCCAAAAACUUUACAACAGGAUACCAUUCAUGUCCUUUACCACUUCUGCGACAUGAGUUUGACAACUUUUUAAUGACUCUGACUGAUUUGCAUAUCGUAUCAACACGUGACUGUUGACAUUGCUUUCUAGUCUUCAAUAUUUGAGCGAGUCAUGCUUUACAAAUGACAAUAAAUUUUUAUUACCCAACCCUUGAGUUGUUUUGUUUUUCAUUUACCCAACCUUUUAUUCACUCAAAAUUUUGUUUACCCAACCCCUUUCUCUUCGGUGCCACCCCCCGCCAUAAAUAAUGACCAUUCUAUACUUCGACAAUACUACCGCUAUUUGACUAUGCCGAUGUAAUUUGGGGCGAUAAAAACAAUUCAGAACUUAUGAACUCCCUGCAAACCUUGGAAAAUAAAGCAGCUAAAUUAAUACUAGAUCUCCCUCCUCUUUCGUCGGCAACCGAAACUCUCGCUACAUUACACUGGUCAACUCUCUCAUCUCGCAUAUAUAAACAUCGUUGUAUCUUUAUCUACAAAUGCACUAAUGGACUGAUAGAUUUCGACUUCAAUCUGACAACUAACAGCAUGCAGAAUCCAUUCCCACAGCACAAGAUCGUGUAACAACCUCCAUCUCCCGAAAGUCAACACGAACUGGGGUAAACAUAAACCAACCUACCUCGCUUCGAAAGACUUUAACAACUUGGACGUUUCCGUCAGAAACACUGAUUCUCUGAGUCAAUUUAAGUCAUUACUUAGGUCACAUACCAUAUAUAACUAUUCCUAGUUGUACUUAUUAGAUAUAGUUAAUUAUUCGUUGCCCCAUGUCGUAACGUUGUAUAUUAUUAAUUGUGUAUAUUUAUGUAAGUAAAUUUUGUUCAUGAUUGUAUCAUGCAGGACCCCACUGAAAAACACAUUAGUGAUGUGGGUAUCCUGGGUAAAUAUAAUCAUAAAUAAAUAAAUAAACAAAAAAUUCCCCAAGUGGACUAGAUUCCUGAAGGUUUAGAGUUUAAAUCCCUGAUUCCACGAGCGCUUUUUCUCGGCGAAAUGCGAAUUAUUUCGCCUGUGUCUUUUGAAUUGCGACCACUCGAAUAAAUUCUUUCUACUUGAUUGCUCACAAUUCAAAAGAAACAUGCGAAAUAUUUCGCAUUUCGCCGAGAAAAAGCGCCCGUGGAAUCAGGCCUUUAUAAGGAAUAAGAGCUCACCACCAAUCUCUGUAAACUUGAUAGCUCAACAGUAUAUAGUAUUUAAGAACACGUUUUUAAUGGUAUUUUUCAGAUCAAAUGAGGGAUCUCGCAAACAUCGCAAUUGCAGGACUGAAAACCAGAAAGAAACUUGAAAGUGAGAGACAACGUAAGUAGAUUUUGUUCAAGAAUUUUUGACUGCAUGUACACUAGUUCUCUGGAAUUAAAACGAUUAUCGAAGAAAUUGGAUGAUGAUGAAGAAAUCGAGUAUGUUUGCAAGGCUUUCGUAAUCUUUUUAAAGUGCGAUUAACACCAAAUUUGGUAUGUGUAAUAUUUGGGUCAUUGUAAGAAGAAAUGUUAAAUAUCUUUACAGUAAAAACAUCAUCUUGAUCAACUUUUCGCUGUCAAAGUUUCCAGAUAUGAUGUCAUUAGGUGAAUUUUUUGGUACAAAAAACAAAGGAAAAUAAUGAAACCAAAUUUUGCAAUUUCACUAAUUUCAUUAUGUUCUUUUUACCUGUGGUAUUUGAUUCCCUUCUCUUCACUUAAUCUAACAUGCAAGUUGUCCAUUAACAAUUAACAAACUGUUCAAUUGACGUGUUCAAUCAACCAACCAAGAGAUCAAGCAAUCAGACACUUGCUUAUAAAAAAUAUAUUUUACCAUUCGUAAAAGCAAAACCUUUCCAUACAAUGUAAUAGACUAUAGUUAAACUUACAAAUCCGACUUUAUUAAUUUAUUGUUACUAUUCCUUUGCCAAAACCGAGAUGGAUGCUCAGUAUAGUUUAAAGCACGUAGCCUUGCAGUACACCUCAAAACACCCUCCCGAGCUCCAGCAGUUUCGAAAGCCCUGUGUUUGUAUGUGAACUAUACACAAGAAUUUAGGCUCCACUUCUACAUAAUUGUACCAAGUAAGAAGAAGAAUACUGUUUCUUACAGCAAUCAAUUUUUUUUGUUUCAGAAAAGAUAGUGAAAUGGAAGAAAAAGCUUCAUGAUAUGAGAAGCUACAAGAAAGCAGAAAUUCCUGAGGAGCAAGAUCAGCCAGCAGUGACGAAAGUAACAAAACGUAUGUUUCCAGGUUAACCAACGAAAAAAACUAAAACUAUCAAU